AUGACUUGUGAAAAUUUGAAUAUUCCAUGUCAUCAUCACCAUCACCAUUGUGAUAGUGACGAAGAUGAUGAAGUGAAUAACACAAUGAAAAAAAGUGGAGAAAUCGACAAGUCUAUUGAUUAUGAAAUUAGAAAAUCUAUUCAACAUUUAAAUGAUGAUAAUAAUGAUUGUAAAAUCACAAAUACUACUAUUCAUAAUGAUAAUAGUAGUAAUAGUAGUAAUGAAUUCGGUAUAGAUACUUCAAAAGUCAACAUUGAAGUUGAGAAUAUGAAUCAUAAUAAAUUAAUCAAUUACAUGGAAUGUGAACUCGAAACAUUGAUGAAAACAAACUCUAACUGGAAUAAUAAUCUCGAUAAACACAAUAAAAAUCUGGAAAUAUCUAACAGUUAUGAUGGACAUUAUGAAAAUUCGCUAAUCGAUAAAACGAAUAGAAAUAAGUUCGAUCAAUAUCAUGGUUAUAUUACCGGCAAAUCCAACAAAGAAAUAAAUAAUUUCAAUGAGAACAAGAAUUCAUCUGACGGACAGGGACAAAACAGAGAACUAAACGACUCAUACCAUUGUCCUCAUUAUCAUCAAGCUAUCAACAAUGGAAUCAUAAAAGACAACUGCCUAUUUCAGUCAGCCUCAAGACAACCAGAAAAUUCCAAAAUGAUUGAGUGGUCCAACAGCAAUAAUCAAAUUAUCGAUGGAAAUAUUUAUAGUGAUCAUUCACAAAAUAAGUGUGAACAAUCAUUGAUUUCUGAUAAUCAACCGGUAUACCCUGAUCAUAUUACAUGUUAUCCAACUCAUUGUAUGACCGAUUCGUCAGGUUACACUUCGUCAAACUCUUCAUUUUCAAAUUCAUCAUCUGAAUGUUCGACAUCGUCAUCGUCAUCUUUGACAGUAGUUAGUAAGAUUAACCUACCUAUUGAAGAUGACGAUGCUACUCAUAAGAAUAUAAUCAGUAGUUUAGAUUGUACUGAUGAUAAAUUCCAUUCUAAUAGAUUAAAAGAAAUGAAUUAUGAGAAAUAUUUACAUAUGAAUUUAUAUUCAACACAAAAAGAUGACCAGUAUUCCCAAAAAUGUCUGAAUUUGACUGAAUUAAAUGAAGCAUAUCAUCAACAGACUAAUGUAAAUUGUAGAGACAGCGGUUUCAACAAUUCACUGACCGCUUAUUUACAGUCAAAUAAACAUUUUAUGAAUGGUAAUAAUCAUCAUCAUAGUAAUGUUUUAAUGGAACAUCAAAAACCCACUUGGAAGAAUGAUCUUAUGUACAAAGAUUUUAGUAAAUUAAAGACAAGUCUACAUGAAGGUGAUGACAAUGAUGAUGAAGAGGAUGACGAAGGAAAUGAUGAUGUUUGUCAAGAUGAUUAUCUGAGUGAAGGUGGUACAAGACAAAGAACGGAUCAUCAGUUAAAUUUAAACCAUACUGUAAAUGAAUUAGACAUUAAUGUCCCCAUUCAAUUAACAAACAAUAUUCCUCAUACAUUAACAAUUGCAAAAAAUUAUAAUAAACAUACAGCACACGAAAUGGGAUUUGUUGGUGGAAUGAUUGUAGACUGCAAUAAUAAUGAAAUGAUGAACAAUAUGACUAAAAUGUUGAAUUUUACACAGUCAAGACAACUUAUCAACAAUUCAGCUUUUCCGAUUAACGGAUAUACAACAACAAUAACAACAGUUCCACUAUCAUCAUCCUCCUCCUCCGUAUCAUCAGCAUCUUUAUCAAGAAUAGCAAUGACAUCAAGUGUCUCUGUCUCUAAUAACAUCCAAACAACAUCAUCAACAGCGAAUUGUACACGAAUAAUUAAUAAUGAAAAAAAUAAAAAACUACGUAAACCACGUACAAUUUAUUCUAGUAUGCAAUUACAACAAUUGGCUAAACGAUUUCAUUUAACUCAGUAUUUAAGUUUACCUGAAAGAGCAGAAUUAGCCGCAUCGUUGGGAUUAACACAAACUCAAGUUAAAAUAUGGUUUCAAAAUAGGCGUUCCAAAUUUAAAAAAUUAAUCAAUCAAGGUCAUGAUGUGUCCCUUUUAACAAACUCAUUAUCUUGUAAAUCAGAAACAAGUGAAUUGAAUAAUCAAACAGAGAAUAUUUAUGAAGAUUGUCAUGAUCUCUUAAUGAAAACUAUGCCAUCUGAAACCGAUAUUCUCAUUAAUUCAAAUGAUAUACCGAUUGACACAUCAUCUGGAUUUGAAAAUGGCCAUUCGAAUAGUAACUCAAAUAGUCCAAUCACUCAGUCGAUCAUUAGUUCACCUGAAACUAAUCUCAAUAAACAUAUUACCAAUACUAAUAACAAUAAUAAUUAUGUUAAAUUGGAUUUACAGCCUAAUAAUUUCAUAAAAUAUGAAAUCUCAUCGUCAGGUAAUUUAAGUUAUCAAACAUGGUCAACAGAUAUAAAAGAUGAUUACAGUACUUCUUUUGAUGGUCAAACAGUUCAAAAUCAAUUAAAAUUCAAUGAUUCAGUACAAUGUAAUAAUUAUUUGAAUCAAAAUUUUCAUCCCUCGACUAAUACUGAUCAAAUGAAUCUAUUGGACGCAUUACCGAGACCAUAUUAUUGGACGAAAUCAUUGUUUGAAUCAUCAUCGUCAUCUAAUUAUUGGUUACCGAUGUCAACAAGUAAUCAAUGUUCACAUUUUAAUCCAAAAUCGUAUUCAACUCCAAGAUGCGACGAUGAUGACAAUGAUGAUGGUGAUGAUGAUGAUGAUGACAACAAUGAUGAAGAUGAUGAUGAACAUGAAGACAGUGAAUUAGAACAUGAUACGAGUAAUGAUACUAAUAAUAAUACACAUGAUUCAUGGACUUUUAACAGAUCCAAUGAUUAUAGUUAUUUAAAUUCAACAACCACCAAGGAUAGAUUAAAAAAUUCUGAAAUAAUUUAUCCCAAAUCACCAUUACAAAUUUCUUCAUAUCAAGAAUGGAGAAAAUAUUGUUUAAAUAAUGAAUCAAAUCAAUUAGUUUAUGACUUUGAACAAGGUAAUUCACCAAAAACAUCUCAAGAUCCAUUCAAUUACAAGUUUCAUUCCUCUUGCUCACAAACAUUACCUGCAAUACCAUCAAUACCUUCAGCCUUAAUAUCAUCAGCAGAAACACAACCAUCACCAUGGUCUCUUAUAGAAUCAAUCUAUGUACAACAACAACAUCAACAACAAAACACUGGUCAAAAUGAAACUGAACUAAACCCCAAGAGCUCUGUCAUUAUUCCAAAUCACAAUUUCACUAAAAUAUCCGAUACUCUUAAAAACUCUAUCAUUCCAUUAACAAGUGAAUAUCAAUUUCAAAGGCAACAAGAACCACAAUUUCCUGAUCCAUGUGAACAUACACUAUUAACAUCAACAAUAACAUCUGUAAUGGCUGAUUCAACAUCACCAUCAUCAUCAUUAUCAUCAUCAUCAUCGUCAUCAACAUCAUCAUUAUUACAUAAAAACACAUUGUACAUUUAAAUACAGAAA